GUCUCUUGUUUUUGUAAGGGUGUGUGGUGAGUGUGGAAGAUCCAGAAAAGAAGUACACUGGAUGGGAACAUCUUGGCAGUGGGUGGCUGUAAAGGAACUUUAUCUCCAGCACCAGGGCUGUGAGGGAGUAUUAAAAGAAAUCCUGCUCAUGAGAGAAAAUAAGAACGCCAAUAUUGUCAGCUACUUAGAAAGCUACCUUGUGGAUGAGGCUGUCCUGCUGGUGUUGGAAUAUAUGGAUGGAGGCUCCUUAGCUGAUGUGGUCACCGUGAGAAGGAUGGCUGUAGGACACAUAGCAACAGUGUGUCGGGAGUGCCUGCAAGGCCUGGCUUUCCUUCAUGCCAAGCAGGUGAUCCACAGAGACAUCAAAAGUGACAACAUCCUUCUGGGCCUGGAUGGCUCCGUCAAGCUGGCUGGGUAUUCCUGCUGAGGCGCAGCGCUGCGGGGAGGCGGUGUGGGGCUGCUUUGGAGAGGUGCCGGGUGCCAGCAGUGGCUGCUGAGAGUGCAGGGAGCGCUGUGCAAGCCCAGGCCGCAGCUGGAAGGUGCUGAGUGGUCUAGAGAGCAACCAGGUAUCCAGAGUAACUUUGGUUUGUGGGUGUUCCUUCCAAAGGGAGAGAUUUACAGUGUAAACGUUCAGGGCAAUGAGGAAAAGCCAAGGUUUUGUGGGAAUCCUGGGCGGGUUGUUACCUGUACAAUUGCCCAUGUCCUUGGCUGCAGCCCUGAGGAAGGAGAGCCCAGCUGCUUUUCCAGCUCCAUUAAGCACUGCGUUCUGGGACUGAGAGUGAGAAGCCCUUUUCCUUGGUUUCCUACUUGAAGCAGUGUUUGUUUUCCUCCUCAGCUGAUUUUGGCCUCUGUGCUGUGCUCAGCCCUGAGCACAGGAAACGGAGGUCGAUGGUCGGGACCACUUACUGGAUGGCACCCGAGGUGGUGAGAAGAGAGCCUUACGGCCCCAAAGUGGACACCUGGUCCCUUGGGAUUGUGGGAAUAGAAAUGGCCACAGGAGAGGCUCCUUAUAUGCAGGAGACCAGUGACAAGGCCAGCUACCUGAUAGGCAAGCAAGGGGUUCCAAAUCUGCACCAGCUCAGGCUACCCCCUGGCUUGUGUGAAUUUCUGGGCUGCUGCCUGCAGAUGGAUGUGGACAGGCGAGGCUCUGCCAAGGAACUUCUGCAGCAUCCAUUUCUGCAAUCAGCGGAGCCUCUCUUAAGCCUCUUCUGACAGCCUGAUUGCUGCCAUCCCUGCAGCAAGGGAAUGCAAGAAGCAAAGGAGAUGACAAGGUGUGAGAGUCUGUCCGAAACUUCCCUCAUUUUUUGCCUCUCGAUCGUCAUGAAAGCCAAGACCACCGGGGAAAGGGAAAGAUCCUGUUCUGAAAAUCCAGGUCUGUCUGGUCCACCAAGCCAGAUUAUUGCCUACGGGUGUGUUUGCUCAACUCAUGGAACACUGCACCCAAGAAGGGGCAGUGUGCUCUCCUUCGCCUGCAUCACCUAGCAACGCUAGUGCUGGAAUUUCUCCACCCUUCUGACUUGGCUGGACUUUCUCUCUGGAAUGACCUUUCCGGAGGUCACCACAAAAGGACCCUCCAUUCACCGUAUAUCAACCACCGUGACAGAUGGACUGAGAUGGGAGAAGGUUCUCCCUCAAGGACUGAGACGUGCGACCCCUACAUGGAAAAGCUCCCCUCUUUUCCCAAAAGGACUAAGACUGAAAUCCCCACCAUAGGGUGAGGGAAGGUAUGCGUGGGGACCAGAGCAAGUUUUGCAAGCGACCACUGGACCGAGAAGACAAUGGUUCCUGCCUACGACAUCUGCUGCUGACGACGCCUGUUCCUGAUGGACUACUGAUGGACUCCUUGUACCCUUUAUCAAUAGACUGUUUUGAAAUGGGUCCCCUUCCCCCAUUUCAAAAGGACUAUAAAAAAGGUUAGACCUGACUGAUACCUUUGAGAUCUCCCCUGACGUGAAGAUGACAGGCCUCUUCGUCGACCGGACUUCGAGGGACUUUGUCAUCCGCACGUCUGGUAGCUAUAUACCUCCUUGCCCUCCCUCUCUUCUUUUGCUUUUCCUUAUUCUUUUCCCUUUCUUCAUUCCCCUCUCUCUAACGCAUCUUCUCUAUGGCUAUUUAAUAAAAGUACAUGUAUUUUGAUUUUACUGCAAA